AUGCGUGCUGUUAUAUUCUUCGCCUUGAUUGUUGGUGUACUCCUGUCUCUGGCUUAUGCCGAGGAGCAACAGGAUCAGCAGGAUCAACUGGUGCGUGCCAAGCGACAGUACUUUGGUGGCGGAUUUGGAGGCGGAUACGGAGGCUAUUACGGAGGAUACCGUGGAGGAUACCGCGGAGGCUUUGGUCGUUAUCCAGGCUAUAGUGGCUAUCCAGGCUAUGGUGGCUAUGGAGGCUAUGGUCGCUAUCCAGGCUAUGGAGGCUUCGGUCCCGGCUUUGGUUUCUAUGGUUAA